AUGGAUCCAGACAUUGCGUCGGCCUUGUCCGCAGAACAAGCAGCCGAUCAGACCAUUAUUGAUGGGAAGCAGAUCCCGUUGGAGUUCGCUCCAACCAACCCAUCCGACUACGAUGGAUCAACCUUCACCGCUAAGCAAUUCGGUCUUACGGAGACCAUUACUGUUAUCGCAACCUCGACCAAGACGACCACGCCGACCACCACAGUGACUGUAGUGGUUGAACCGACUGCAAAAGCCGACUGUGCUUACUGGAUCACGGCCUUUGGCUGGUACACUUUCGAAGUAUACAACAUCGACGGCUGGAGCACUGACGGCGGCUCCCGCCUCAAGUCUGAAGAAAAGGGUUGCGGCGCCCUGACCGGCUGGGACUGGCGCGAGCGCACCUCCUCCAAGUACGCGGGAGCCUAUUUCAACCUGCCGUUCUUCAUGAAAGACGGCUGUGUCGAGCGGGCCAUCGUGUCAGCCGGCGGACCCAAGCUGUCAUGCGACUUCACGGGCUACGACAUUGGUGUUGCGUUCCUCCCGGCGAAGAAACGGUCUGCCUCGGAGGAGAUGGUGAAUAACCUGCCGGAGCUACGUCGGCGACAAUACAUCAGCGACACACCCAGCCUGCCCAGUAGAUCGACGACGCAAAGUACGACAUAUUCGCAAGAGCCAACUUAUUCGCCUGAGCCGUGGGGUCCUGGGGACACAGUCACUUUCACGACCACCAUUGAGUCCGUGACUAAGUCGACGUACACGACGGAAAUUCUCAACAUCAUCCUCGAGCUCAGCAGCACCCUCCGCUUCAUCAGUUCCUUCAACUGA